GCCAGCAUUAGAGCCCGAAAGGUCUUCUCCUUUCUCCUUUUUGUGAUGGAGGACAAAAGGAGCUGCAGGUCAAAGGCUCGGACAGUGAACAGGCAAGACAGUCUGAGCCCAGUCAUGGAAGACUAUGAUAUCAGGUCUGCUGCCAGCAUUUUGGCAUCCGUUAAGGAGCAAGAGGCUCGUUUUGAGCGCCUCACCCGGGCCCUCGAAGAGGAGCGGCGCAAUGUCUCCUUGCAACUCGAACGCGCCAAUCAGCCCUCCGACCGAGUGACCAUGUGCAACAUUGGCAGUGCUCAGCCCCUGGCAACUGCCUGGCAGCAGCUGGUCCUGCAGGAGCAAAGCCCCAGCAACCAGACGUCAAUAGCAAUGAUGCAGGAGCCCCAGGAAAUGGUAGAAGAGACUGUAACUGUGGAGGAAGACCCUGGAACCCCAACGUCCCACGUUUCCAUUGUGACUUCAGAAGACGGGACCACGAGGAGAACCGAGACCAAGGUGACGAAAAUGGUCAAAACGGUCACAACCAGAACUGUCCGGCAGGUCCCCGUUGGGCCUGAUGGGCUCCCUGUGAUGGACGGAUCAUCUCCCAUGGGCAGCUACACUGACUCCAUAGACAGGAGGCACAUGAAGAAUGGGGAGCGGUACAUCACGCCGCAAGCUUCUUCCACCUUGACCCGCUCUUACAACAGCUACGACUCCUAUCCCGAUGGUCACGACAGCCAGUACCGCCCGUUCAUGGGUCACGACGGUUACGGGGAGCUGCCUGAUAACUACGGUAGCUUGUCCCGGGGCGUCAAUUACCGCCCACGCUACGGCUACGUCCCCGGGAACAGUUACCGGCCAGAGGACGGUAGCUUCACAUUGCCAAGCAGAAGGGAUAACUACGGUCCACUACCCCAGCCCCAGGUCCCGACAGGGAGCAACGCAGACCUGAACCGCUCCCAGCCAGAACGAUUCCAGCCGGAGCCAUACGGGCUUGAGGAUGAUAACCGCAGCCUCGGGGUUGACGACGAGGGGUACGAACUGGAUCCGGAGUAUUCGACGGUGAACCGUCGGACAUCAGCCGGGAUGCCUGAGAGAGGAAGACCUCACAAGACGAGGGGUUACGAUGACCCGAUUGAGACCGAGAUGGUCGAUGAGAGGAUCCCGUAUCUGCAUGGCAGCUAUGCGGCGCCCUUGGCGCAGCCCGAACGGGGGAGCAUGGCCAGCAUUGACCGCCUGGGCAAGCGCUCGCCUUCCAUUGACAGCAUCCGCAAAGACCCUCGCUGGCGGGACCCGGACCUCCCAGAAGUCAUUGCGAUGCUCAGCCACCCCAUCGAUCCGGUCAAGUCCAACGCGGCAGCGUAUCUGCAGCACUUGUGCUACGAAAACGACAAAAUCAAGAAGGACGUGAGGCACCUCAAAGGCAUUCCCAUUUUGGUGGGCCUCUUGGACCACCCCAAGCCCGAGGUGCACCGCAAGGCUUGUGGGGCGCUCAGAAACAUAUCCUACGGGAAGGAUAAUGAGAACAAGGUGGCGAUAAAGAACUGCGAUGGGAUCCCGGCUUUGAUCCGGUUGCUGCGGAAGACGAAUGACAUGGAAGUUCGGGAGCUCAUUACAGGCACCCUCUGGAACCUGUCCUCCUACGAGCCCCUCAAAAUGGUGAUCAUUAACCACGGUCUACAGACCCUGACCAACGAAGUGAUCAUCCCCCAUUCCGGUUGGGAGAACGAGCCAAACGAAGACUCGAAGCCUCGAGACGCCGAGUGGACAACCGUCUUCAAGAACACGUCAGGAUGUCUGAGGAAUGUCAGUUCGGAUGGAGCGGAAGCGCGCAGGAGGCUCCGGGAAUGCGACGGCUUGGUAGACGCCCUCCUUCAUGCCCUGCAGUCUGCGGUGGGCAAGAAAGACACGGAUAACAAGUCUGUGGAGAACUGUGUGUGCAUCAUGAGGAACCUCUCUUACCAUGUCCACAAAGAAGUCCCGGGAGCGGACAAAUUCCAGGAGCUAGAAGCAAAUCAACUUGGAGGCCUGGGAGGAACUCAGAAGAAGAAGAAGGAUGACGCAGGCUGCUUUGGAGGAAAGAAGGCCAAAGAGGAGUGGUUCAAUCAAGGGAAGAAGAACGGAGAUGUGGACAGAAACUUUGAUACACUGGAUUUACCUAAGCGGUCUGAGUCAGCAAAAGGUUUCGAGUUGCUCUACCAGCCCGAAGUGGUGAGGCUUUAUCUGUCGAUUCUCACCGAAAGCCAGAACUUCAACACUCUGGAAGCGGCAGCGGGAGCUUUGCAGAACCUCAGUGCCGGAAACUGGACAUGGUCCACGUAUAUCCGGGCGACAGUGCGGAAGGAGAGAGGCCUUCCGGUUCUCGUGGAGCUCCUCCAGUCCGAUUCUGACAAAGUGGUGAGAGCCGUGUCCAUCGCUCUGAGGAACCUCUCCAUGGAUCGCCGCAAUAAGGAUCUCAUAGGUAGUUAUGCCAUGGGGGAGCUAGUGAGAAAUUUACCCAGCAAGCAACAGAGGUCUUCGAAAAACCUGGAGGAGGACACCGUGGUUGCAGUCCUGAAUACCAUCCAUGAAAUCAUUACCGACAGCGUGGAAAAUGCCAGGUCCCUGAUCCAGACGCAAGGCAUUCAGAAGCUGGUCGCUAUCAGCAAAUCGAGCCAGUCUUCCAGGGAAACGAAAGCAGCCUCUCACGUCCUACAGAUGACCUGGAGUUACAAAGAGCUACGGAGCGUUUUGCAGAAGGAAGGCUGGAACAAAUCCCAUUUCCAGUCUGCGUCUGCGACUCCUAAGGGAUCCAAAGGCACCUCGUGCAAGUCUGGCUAUGACGACAGCACCCUGCCUCUCGUGGAUAAAAGUCAAGAUAACGAGAAGACUGGAAGUCGGGAUAUGAUUCCUAUGGAUGAACUUGGGCCAGAUGGCUACUCGACCAUCGAUCACCGGGAGAAAGAGCGAAAAUACAAAGCCAACGACAACAUGGGGGACGCGUCAGAGAAAGAACCACUAAAAAAUGACACAAAUAGGAAAACCAUUAACAGGAGUAACAGGGCUUCGGUGACUCUGGUGGAUGCCCGUGACCCUAAACCCCAGCCUGUUGACUCCUGGGUCUAAUUUGCAUGCAUGGGCUAAAGUCCCGCCGCUUGUUUUGUUAUUGUUAUUAUUAUUUUUCCUCAACUAAAAAAGAAGAAGAAGAAGACGACUCAACAAACAGGAUCUCAUUAAUUAACCAUCACUGCCAUUCAGAUAUGGAAAAGCCUUGGCGCUUGCGUCGGUGGAACCAACCAACCAGGCUGCAGAUUCUCUAUGGGGCAGGGACAGGGGCGACGGACCAUCAGCCAAUCCCAGAGCAGCAUGCCUUACAGCAGGGACCGUUCUGCUUUUUAAGAACCAAUCACAUUCCCGCCCAACAUCUCCCUGCCCUUUCAAACUUCCGCACAGAAAGGCGCAAGACAAUUUCUCCAAGCUUAUGUCGGACAGGUUUGGUUCUUAGCUGACUCUUCUAUGUGGAUGGUGCCAAGUUAUGAGUUGAAGGUCAUGAGAUGGGUAAGGAGAAGAAGAAUGAGAAGUUUUAAAAAAGAGAGAAAGAAUUCACAUGUGGAAAGAAAAAGUGCAGAAUAUUCGGAGUAUAUCUUAGGUAUAGUCAUAAAAAAACAAACUUAGCACUUUUUCCUUUCUUUUCGAACUGUGAUUUUUUUAAAGCAAGUUUUUUUUGUGGCCUGUUGUUGAGGUUUUUAUUCUUUGAUCCAAUGGAAAUGCAGAAUUGUGGAGCUGAGUUGGGUGGAUUUUGACGAAAGGAGAGAAGGAGUUGGGGGAAAUCUUGGUGGACUGGCUUGGAAAGGUGGAAGCUGGAAUUGACGUGGGCUGUAUACUUUGCUUUUGAAGUAAAUGAUAUCACACUGUGCUGCCUAUAUUAUCAUUAGUGUUUCAUUCAUCUGCCUUUCGACUUCUGUAAUGGCUCUGUUUAUACUUUCCAAACAUAUAAAUGAUUCAUUCGAGGCUUUUGCUGUCCUCCUUCAGGGGGGAAAAAGAGCGAUAACGACAUCCCCUGACCACACAGACAUGGUGGACUUUUUCUUGUUGCUGAUGAGUGCUUCUUAAUUUGCCAGCCUGCUGGUGUUGAGUUGACGGCAACAUGAUGUCAGCAUCGCGCUCCCCCCUCCCCAAUAGAUAGUAUUUAAAACUUUUGGAAAAAGUGGAAUCUUCCUUGCAAGGAAGAUGUUUCAAAUGCAUCAUAAACUUCAUAUGUCUCUUCUCUUUUUUGCUGGUAAAAUGUUAAUAAUCGCCACCCCACUUCUGGAUCUCAUGUAUGAUUUUGGCUAAGCUAUUAACAGAGUGCUUCAAAGGGAACUAUAAUACAUUUCGAGCCACCCAUGUGUGGAUAGAUUAGUUUGUAAUUAAUUAGGGUUGUACACUCGAGGAAUGACGACAUCCUAUUUAUGUGCAAAGCCUUAUUACCUAGGAUCGCUGUUGUUAUGGGUCUUUGGCGAGAUGUUUGCCAUUGGUGCAUAUAACCAUAUCCCUCGUCCCGUGCAUUGUGUACAAUGAUGCUUUGUGCUUUAACCACAUUAAUUUCUUUCGGGUUUGGUCUGUCGUAGAGAGAAAAUGGAAGCAGAACCUUUAACCGUGCAGUGCUAUGCACCCCCCUGAAAAGUAAGUCCCAUUGAGGUCAAUGUGUCUUACUCCUCAGAAAUCAGGCAUAGGAUUGCAGUCUGAAUCUUCAAUUCCACUUACUCCUGCCUUCUUUCUUUCUCUCCCUUGUUGCUAAAAUGAGUUGGUUGCCAUAUUCACUUAAAUGAUGUGAUUGGAAAGCACUUUUUGUUUUUU